AAAUAUACUUAAUAGUCCAAUAUAUAGAGGCAUCACAAGAUCCACUCAGUUCCACACUAUUAGCCUGUUUUAGAAAACAACAACAAGAGGAAUGGGUAGAUCUUGCCUUCUUGAGAUGCUUCUCAUCUCAAUGGUUUUCUCAAUCUCAAUCACUCAAGGACAUUGUAGAUGGAUUAAACUAACGGUUAAUUAUGACAAGGGUUAUCCUUCUCAUGAGGAAAAUUCAAGUGUGGAAAGGGGAAUGAUGGAGAUGGUGAUGGACUAUGGGGACCCAAGAGCAAACACAAAUCACAGAGGUGGAGCUUUUAACCCUCCAACCGGAUCUUCUCACAAACCUUAAAGUUCUGAGAUAAUGAUCAAUAUGAAUAAAAUGAAGUGCUUGUUCAUUCUCCAAGCAAGAUUACUUCUGUUGUUGUGUAUAAAGUGUUCUAUUAUUAUUUCAGUUUCACUUGCUUGA